CUGCAAAGAGUAGCAUGUAUCAUGAGCUGCAUUCUGAAGAAGGAUACGUGGAGAACACGACCAAGGGCGUUUAAGCCGAAAGUUAGGACCGGUUGUAAAACUUGCAAAAUUCGUCGGAUCAAAUGUGACGAACACAAGCCUGCCUGUGUGAAAUGUCGUUCCACGGGACGCCAGUGCGACGGUUAUGACGAAAACACAGGGAGGCCCUCAAUUAUACAGCCACAGGACCGUUGCCAUCUCCAAGGGCUGUCUCCCCAAGGCAACCUUUAUCCUAUGAGGGCACCUCCCCAGCACUGGGAUCGAAGCGCUCUCCAGUUCUUCCAAAUUCGUACCAUUGCCAACCUGUCUGGCUACUUUAGGUCAGAGUUAUGGGAACGCUAUGUCCUUCAACUCUCCGUACUCGAGCCGAGUGUCUUUCACGCCACGGUUGCACUGGGCAGUUUGCAUCGGUGGUAUGUGUACGGAAAGCCUCCCAAUCCAGACCCUUCGGCAUUUCACCAUUAUAACAAAGCCAUUCAUCACCUCUUGCGUCCGAUGAACGCGUUGGCAAAGUCCGUUGUCCUGGUUGUAUGUUAUGUGCUUAGCGCUUUUGAAGCACUGUGUGGAGACUACAAUGCAUCUUUUCAGCACGUCUGUAGCGGCAUCAGACUACUCCGCGAGCCGAAUACCAUCGGCUAUCGAAAUUACCUCCCAAGGACCACAAGAACCCAGCAUUCCCACCACGAUGAUGAAAUUGAAGAAAUCCUCCUUAUUCAUUUCUCACGUCUUGAUCUUCAAGCCUCAAGCUUUCAUCCCGCAUGGACUAUCUCAAUGACGGAGCCUGACCCCAUUUCUCGUAUCCACUCGGAGGUUCCUAUAUCAAGCCUUGAGGAAGCAAGAGAACGUCUUACUGCGCUGCUUUUGCAAGUGAUGGAUUACAAGAGAGGCAGAGAGAAAGACGCGAAUCAUCAAGCCGCAGAUAGUGAUAUCUGGCGAAUUAGAAUUGGGCAGAGUCUCUCCCAGUGGUGGGACGCAAUGGAGGCAUGGUUGUUACAGGAGCACAAUUCCUUAAGCUCAAAAGAGCACAAUGGAAUUACGUGCCUCCGAAUCCUUUAUCUGACUGGAUACAUCCUUCUGACCGUGCCUCGAGGGGCGGAAGAAAUCCUGUAUGACAACCUCCGUGACGAGUUCUCGAAGAUUGUCGAAUAUGCUUCUGUUCUAGCACUAGCGCCAGAAGACGACAGUGAGCACAGCUGUUCGCAUGAACUCGGCAUCUUACCUGGUCUAUAUCUGACUGGAACCAAAUGCCGUGAUCCUACCCUCCGACGUCGGGCAUUGGCACUUCUGACAUCUUGCCGAAGGAGGGAGGGCGUUUGGGACAGUGAGUCGGCCGCGAAGGUUGUAUCUAGGAUCAUUUCCAUCGAAGAGAAAAGCGGCAAGGUACAUAGCUGUAGAGAUGUUGUUGAGGGGAGCCGAGUGAGGGACACCUGGCUCCUGAAACCAUCCAACAUGGGCAGACAUGCUCCUCUUGUGCUCACCCGCAGAUCACGGCCAGACGCUGCAUUGGAGAUUAUUGAGGAGCAAAUUCAAUGGUAAUCUUGGAGUCUUGUCCAACAACCUCAGAUAGG